UUUCUAGGGUUCGAAACUAAUUUCGCUUACUUGACUAGGACAGAAAUGAACAGUUUAAAGCUAUCUCAUACAAGCAAAAUAAACACUGAAAGCUGUUGUAUGAGAAAGGUUUGGGAUCUUGUUAAUAUAUAUAUAAUAAAUUAUUUAAACAAUGUGAUGUUUUUAUAACAAAAUUUUUUUCAAAUAUGCCAAGAUACAGUAGUGAUUCUGAUGCAUCUUUAAGAAGCAGAUCUAGACGGAAAAAAACCAAGAAAACUAGACAUCGAAGCUCAUCUCUAUCUUCAACAAAUUCCGACAAGUCUAAAAGUCUCCAUAAGAGUCGAAAUAGAUCAAAAGAUCGUCAUUCUCGAAGAUCCAGAUCCAGCAGUUCUCGCUCUAGAAGCAAGAGAAUUCGUAAAAGAUCUUAUUCGAAUGAUCGAAGGGAUCGCAGAAGUAAUUCUCACUCAAGAGAUCGGAAAUCCCUAAGUAUAUCACCAUUAAGAAAACACAAAGUAAGAAGACGAUCUACUUCGAAAGGUAGAAGAUCAAGGUCUAGAUCUCUUUCACAUGGCCGUAAAAGUCGCUCUCUCUCUAGAGAUUACAAAUCUAGAUCACGCUCAAGAGAUAGAAAAUCAAGGAGUAAAUCUGAUGAUCGUAGUAUUUCUCGUAAAGGCAGUCAUAGAAAGCACCACCGGAGACAUUCUUCUUCUAGACGUAAGCACCGAAAAAGGAAAUCUAGAUCCCAUAGCCGAGAUAAGCACACAUAUAGGUCUAGGUCUGAUUCACAGGAUUCCCAUACCCGCAGUGCCAGGCACUCACGACGAAGUUCUCGUUCAAAAUCUUCAUCUCCUGGAAGGUUAAAGUUAUCAAAAGGAAAUGAGAUCAAAGCAAGUAAAGAUAACCAUGAACUUCUCAAAGUCCAAGCUGUUCUUAAGGCUGCUGCCAAUGCCACUGCUUCACUUCGAGAAAAAGGACUUUUGCCAGAAAGCUCUAGUAAAGAAUCCAAGUCUGUGUCUGAAAAUUUAGAACUUAGUAUUGAUGAGCAGCUUAGAAGAGCCAAAGCUAUAGAUGAUAUAAAUGCGUCAUCUUUUGUACAGCAAGACUUUAAAUCUUCAAGAUCAUGGGGCAAAAAAAAGUUGGAGAUACCAGUUGAACUUUCUAAAAAUGGAGUAGAUUCUGAAAAUUCAGAAAAUUUGAGUAACAUUAAAGCAGAUGAUAGUUGGAAAAAUGAUCCAGCGAAAUUGGUUCAUCCGAGUUUGUUUGAAGAUUUAGAAAAGAAGAAACAGUUGUGGAAAGAAAGACUUGCUUCAUUAAGACAUCUAAUAAAUACAUAAUGGUUUAAUUUAACAACUGGUUGCUUGAAUAUAUGAUAAAAUUUCUUUAAAUAGUUGUAAAAUGUUAUACUGCAUCGACUUGAUUAUUUUCACAAGCAUAUGUUUCUAAUAAAAAAUUAUGAAAGCAAUA